UCGAUAGAGGGAAGCCGAGCAUUCACGCCAGUGUCUGGCGAAUGUUGCAGGUAAAUCUAGAGCGUCGACAUGGGUAAGGAGAAGAUUCAUAUAAACAUCGUGGUGAUCGGGCACGUCGACUCCGGCAAGUCGACGACCACCGGCCACCUGAUCUACAAGUGCGGCGGCAUCGACAAGCGAACGAUCGAGAAGUUCGAGAAGGAGGCGCAGGAGAUGGGCAAGGGUUCGUUCAAGUACGCCUGGGUGUUGGACAAGUUGAAGGCGGAACGCGAGCGGGGCAUCACGAUCGAUAUCGCCCUGUGGAAGUUCGAGACAGCCAAGUACUACGUGACCAUCAUCGACGCGCCUGGCCAUCGCGACUUCAUCAAGAACAUGAUCACCGGCACGAGUCAGGCGGAUUGCGCCGUGUUGAUAGUGGCGGCCGGUAUCGGCGAGUUCGAGGCCGGCAUCUCGAAGAACGGUCAAACGCGCGAACACGCGCUUCUGGCGUUCACCCUCGGCGUGAAGCAGCUGAUCGUCGGCGUGAACAAGAUGGACAUGACCGACCCGCCGUACUCCGAGUCCCGUUUCGAGGAGAUCAAGAAGGAGGUGUCGUCGUACAUCAAGAAGAUCGGCUACAACACCGCCUCGGUGGCGUUCGUCCCGAUCUCUGGCUGGCACGGUGACAACAUGCUGGAACCGUCGCCAAAGACACCGUGGUACAAGGGGUGGAAAGUGGAGCGCAAAGACGGCAACGCCGACGGCAAGACCCUGAUCGAAGCCCUUGACGCUAUACUGCCGCCCUCCAGACCCACCGACAAGGCUCUCCGUCUGCCGCUUCAGGACGUUUACAAGAUCGGUGGCAUCGGCACCGUGCCGGUCGGUCGCGUCGAGACCGGAAUUUUGAAACCAGGUAUGCUGGUGACGUUCGCCCCAGCGGCGCUGACCACCGAGGUGAAAUCGGUGGAGAUGCACCACGAGGCGUUGACGGAGGCAUUGCCCGGCGACAACGUCGGCUUCAACGUCAAGAACAUCUCGGUGAAGGAGCUGAGGCGUGGCUACGUGGCGGGCGAUUCGAAGAAUCAGCCGCCGCGAGGGGCCGCCGACUUCACCGCGCAGGUAAUAGUCCUCAACCAUCCCGGACAGAUCAGCAACGGGUACACGCCGGUACUCGACUGCCAUACCGCUCAUAUCGCCUGCAAGUUCGCCGAGAUCAAGGAGAAGUGCGACCGCCGUACCGGGAAAACCACCGAGGAGAAUCCGAAGAGCAUCAAGAGCGGCGACGCUGCGAUCGUGAUGCUGCAGCCGACCAAGCCGAUGUGCGUCGAGGCUUUCCAGGAAUUCCCGCCCCUGGGACGCUUCGCCGUUCGCGACAUGCGUCAGACUGUGGCGGUGGGCGUCAUCAAGAGUGUCACCUUUAAAGAUACCCAGGGCAAGGUCACAAAGGCCGCCGAGAAAGCCCAGAAGAAAAAGUAACCAUCAAGCUUCCUCGGAAGCUCGCAGACCGCCGGCUGGUGCCCGGAGACGAGCGUCCUCUCCUCCGCGAGGGGGCCCUCCGACAGGACGCAGUACGCCGCGGCUGCUCCAAUCAACUCAUACUCGGCUAAUAAUAAUAAUACAAAAAGUGAAAAGAUGUUGUGCUUACCCCCGUUACAUUAUCCGGUAGUAUUGAAUCCGCGCAUCUAUCCGAAUUUGCACAUUCAGUUCACCCACGCCCCGCGCACACCCCACAUAUGCUAGGUAGAUUCUUACGUUUUUACUUAAUUCUUUACAUUGACGAAUAUGUGUCCAAUUACAGGUUAAAAACAAAACAAUUCAAAAAAACGUAAAAGAACAAAAAAGCAAAAAAAAAAAAAAAAAAA